AAUGACGUUUACUUUUUAUGUUUUAAUUGUACAUGGGUCAUUUUUGUCACAAUAAUAUUACUUUUAUUUUGAAGGCGAACCGGUAGUUAUUUAGACUGUAAACCCAACUUGGAAAAAGUAAAUAAUAUUUAUUCGAAACAACGCCCAGGGUCUGUAACGUUAAUAAUGUGGUAAAACGCAGAAUGAAUAUUUUAUUUCUGGUUCGUCUAGUAGUGCCGUGCGAUUAGAAGUUGCCAGUUUACCCGUACACGAUGGCGACUCCUUGUGGCGGAUCAAUCAAUGAGGCUGCUGUGGUAGCUAGCGGUGAACGGCAGGGGAAGCUGUCUCUUGUUAGCCGUUAAAAUAUUCUUUGGACAGUCUGACCGAUACUACGUAGUUUUGACAGGAAACAUUACAUUAGCAGACAUGCCAAAUCUGAAGCUGAUCUCUGCAACUGACACACAGUAUCCAGCAGCUGUGCUGAAGUCAAUGAAUGAGCAGAGAAACCAUGGGUUAUUUUGCGACGUCACUAUCAUCAUACAGGACAAGAAAUUCAGAGCUCACAAGACGAUCCUGUCUGCUUCAAGUUCAUACUUCCAGCAGCUCUUCUGUGUCGCCGGGCAGGUUAUUGAGUUGAACUUCAUCAGGGCUGAAAUCUUUGAACAGAUUCUCAACUACAUUUAUAGCGCCAAGAUUAUUCGCGUUCGAUCAGACCUGCUUGAAGAGCUUAUAAGUGCUGGACAGAUACUGGGUGUCAAGUUCAUUGCAAACCUGGGGUCCCCAUUAUCACAAGUGAAGGGUCUCCCUGGUUUGUCUAAAGAUGCCGAAAGCAAAAGUGACCCAUCCACAGAGCUGAUGCCGAUCAUCACAGAGUCGUUCUCAAUUUCUGCAGAGGAAUUUAAUCAGAGCAGCAAGUCUGCAGGAGAUGAUGAAGACUCCGACAACGACGUCAUGUUUGUCUCACAAACAAAAACUCCAACCAAAACAGCCAAUAAGGAGGGCGCCUCCUCAGAGGUCAUUGAUUUGGAUACUGCUGACUCUGAAAAUGUUGAAUCGAAGCAAAGUCAAGACUCGAAUAGUUCCGUGACACAAAAAGAAGAUGCUGCAGCCCCCUUGAAAAAGUGUGCAGCGAAUUCCCCCAGUAUAAGCUGUCCCAAACCCAGUUUGCCCGACGGCAGCCAUCUGCACAGUCCGAGCUCCACCUCCAACAGCUCGUCUUCCCCUGCCAGAGUUUCCCCAGCAACUGUUCCUGCAACACCAGCGGCCUCGAGCAGCUUCACCCCCGAGCCCUCGAGCAGCUUCACCCCCGAGCCCUCGAGCAGCUUCAACUCCGAGCCCUCGAGCAGCUUCAACCCCGAGCCCUCGAGCAGCUUCAACCCCGAGCCCUCGAGCAGCUUCACCCCCGAGCCCUCGAGCAGUUUCACCCCCAAGACCUCGAGCAGUUUCACCCCCAAGACCUCGAGCAGUUUCACCCCCAAGACCUCGAGCAGUUUCACCCCAGAGACCUUGAGCAGUUUCACCCACAAGACCUCGAGCGCCCCUCAAGCCUCUGAAAACGGUGAUAUACUGGGAGUCCACAAGAAACAAAUAUCUGUUUCAGCUCAGCCAGGGGACUUCAAUACAAUAAGGCUCCACGAUGUCUCUAAAAGCCCAAUCAGUCAGGCUAAUGUUCCCAACUCGCCUCUAUCAGCAAAAAAGACAGUGACCCUCAAUACGGCAACAGAAAUUGCUUCUAUAUCAUCUGGCUGUAAAGUGUAUGCCAAUAUUGGAGAAAAUACUUAUGACAUUGUCCCACUUAAGGAAGAUCCAGGUGAAGGAGGCUCUAAAGUCAAUAAAGGGAAAAGGUCAGUGCCUUUAAAACCCUUUGAAAAAACACCCACUUCACCCAAAGCCAACACGCCCAAGAAGUCCAGGACCGAUCUGGAGGAUCACUACGAGCUGGUCAUGGAUGGGAAGACCUUCUACGUGUGCAUUGUCUGCAAGCGCCCGUAUGUGUGUCUGACGAGUCUUCGGCGUCACUUUAACACCCACUCAUGGGAAAAGAAGUACCCAUGUCACUACUGUAACAAGGUCUUUGCUCUGGCUGAAUACAGAACUAAACAUGAAAUCCACCACACAGGGGAGCGGAGGUACCAGUGCUUGUUGUGCGAUGAGAUGUUCCUCAACUACCAGCUAAUCUCCACGCACUGCAAGCAAGUCCACAACCAGGAUCCGAGCGGGAGGAAGGAGAAGGACGACGCGGACAACAACUUGUACCGUCUGCUGCCUUGCAAAACGGUGCAGAUGAAGGCGUACUCGUGGAGUAAAGAUGGGCCAGGGGUCCCCCUUAUCUCGGAGGACGGCAGUGUGCAUCGCAUAGCCACAGGCGUUCAAGACGUUCACUCCUCCACCCAGAGCAGGAUGUUGAACUGGGACGACAUCUUUGUGGAGCCCGAGGCUCACAUGGGCCCUGGCGCCCACUCUCACCCAGGGUCCACCAUAAACAGUCCUCCUCAAGGAGCCACAGAGUUUGACUUUAUUAUACCAGAGACCUACUGAGCAACACUCACUGCUCCAUUGUUUGUGCCUUUUAGGUGCCCACCACAAUAUUGUUUCAUAAUUCUCAGUAGCGUACGGUCACUGAGCCUUUGGUGGAGGAAUGUUUGUCUAAACGUGUGAUAAAUCAAAUCUAUGUGGUUGUUAACCAGGCUUGAUUUGAUUCCACCAAAACAAGAACCGUCUUCUGGAUGUAUUCAGUCUUUGAUUCAUCCGGCAGCUGUGCAAAAAAUGGUUGCAGGUUUAGAAACGUGUGUACCUUUGCUUCUUGUAAUUGCUUCGACCUUUUUAACCAUGGUGAUAAAUUAUAACAACAUCAUCAUGUAAACUUAUAUUGGUUUCCAGCUACAGAUCUGUCAGAAGGAAGUUCUCACCAUUUUUGCAGUAGCUUGUAACUUUUAGGCCACGUUACCUGAAUCAGUCACUGAUAUUAAGCAACUGUCUGGUCUUAGUUUUUUAAAAUGGGAACCGGGUUAGCUGUUUAUAAGAACGAAAUCUCAUCUAAUUAAUGAUAAUAAUUAUUGAUCCCACUAAAGGGACAUUUCUUCUCUAGGUUUGACCCAUCCCCUGGGGACCUUCUGCUACUGCGCUACCAGGCCACUUACUGUAUAAUCAGACAACUGUACAUUUUUGGUUAAUUUCUAAAAAUACAUUUAUGACUUGUAUGAUGUAUGAGAUGUGGCCUAUAAUCAAAAGAUGCGAAGGUGGCUUAAAUCUUCAUCCCAUGAGGUGAUGCAUCAGACAUGAAUCUUUCCUGUUGUUGAGGAUUUUACAGUGUUUCUGGAUCAUUCCUGGUUUUCAUGUGAUGCCAUUUUAAAUUAAUUCUGUACAAGAGUGUUAAUUAUAUCCUUGAAUAUAUUUUUUCAAUGUGAUUGAUGGCGAGCCAACGUUUGGGUUUUGUGGCAGGGGAAAUAUUUUAUGCUUAUUUAAUUUUUCAGUGGUUACAUAGUUAUGGAUUAGUCUUUGUUUCCUUGUUCUUUAAACACCUCCUGCUUCAUGUUUAUAACUCUGUAUGUUUGUAUUUCCUCCUGCCAUUUUAUUUUUUUUAUGUUCAAUGUUUUUAUGCCCGCUGCUCAGAGUAGGCUAGCGAUUUUGCAUACUAAUAUGAUAGCUCUGAAAUAAGUUGAGGAUUGUUUCAGCCUGUAAGGUCAGAGUACUUUUACAUGUACUAUUUUAACUUUCCUUUCCUUCACGUCAGCAGGUAGGGUUGGUUUGGUCCACGUGGGUGAAUAUGUGGGUUCACGUGAAUGGAUUGCUGUCGUUUGGUUACUUCAUGCAGUUCCUCUUAAAAUUAACACGUGUGUGCAUUGUUUCUGUUAACCUUCUUUUUAACGUUGCAGAUGUAUUUAUUAGGGUUAGAGGCAGAAAAAAAAUACUCUGUUCUACACGUACAAUUUUUGACAAUUAGCAAAGAGAGUUAUCAAAUUGUAAAUAAAUUCUUUUCUACUUUUA